AUGUCUGACAGCGACGAAAUUGCCCAUGCUAUUGCCGGUGCCGGUGGCGGUGCCCUCCUGAUGAUCGUCACGUAUCCUUUGGUGACUUUAUCUACGUUGGCCCAGACCACCAAAAAAAAGAAGGAAGAGGACUCCAGUAAGACAUCUUCCGUGGAAGCCACCAAGCAGAUCUUGAAGGAAAAGGGCAUCCUAGGGCUCUACCUGGGUCUCGAGCUGGCCUUGUAUGGUAUCACGCUCUCCCAGUUCAUCUACUACUACUUUUACGAGUUGACACUGAAUGUGUUUUUGAAGGCCAACAAGGCAGCGCAGCUCAAAAGAAGGGGUCUCUCGACGUUCCAGUCGAUCAUCACCGGUGCUAUUGCCGGUGCCAUCACUGUGAUUGGCACAAACCCAUUCUGGGUCGCCAACACCAGAAUGAUGACCAAGGCCAAGGAGCACGGCAAGCUGAGCGGAUCCACCGUCAAGGCCAUCUUAGAGAUUGUCGAGCAGGACGGCUUGGGUACGCUUUUCGCCGGUGUGUUCCCUGCGUUGGUGUUGGUGAUCAACCCUAUCAUCCAGUACACCAUUUUUGAGCAGAUCAAGAACGUCAUUAUCGCUGCCAACGGCAUCAAGUCGUUCACUGGCGCCAAGGCGUUCUUCAUUGGUGCGUUCGGUAAGCUCGUGGCCACCACGUUGACCUACCCAUACAUCACGUUGAAGUCGAGAAUGCACGUGAAGAAGAAGCAGUUGGAGAACAACGACGACAAGGAGGUGAAGCUCUCGAUGGUGCAGGAGAUCCAGAAGAUCGUCAGUGACGAGGGCUUGGAGGGUUUGUACCGUGGCUUGGGCAUCAAGUUGUUCCAGUCCAUCACCACCGCCGCUUUCUUGUUCUACUUCAAGGAGGAGUUGUUGUCGGGUUCCGUCAAGCUUGUGCUGAUUCUCCGUGGCACCCAGGUUAGAAAGUCCCUUCGUUAG